AUGACUAUCACUUCGGUCAAAACCAUUCUACCGACCCGAUUUGCGGCCAAUUCCACUGAAAAGCCCGCUGCAAAACCUCCACCUGAGCCGUACCAUGCGCAAGAUUUUCCUUUUAAGGGCUACCAGGCUCCACAGACCGAUGGAUUUGAGCGGAGCAAGGUCCAUCCCGACACCAGUGCUAUUGUUAUCGACAAUGGUGCCCAUCUCGUCAAGGCCGGUUGGUCCUUUGACAAGAACCCGCGCUUCGUCAUCCCUCCCGUCAUGAGUCGUUACCGCGAUCGCAAGCUGAAUCGCCAAUGCAACUUUGUCGGACACGAUGCCUAUCUCGAUGCGACUACCCGGGGUCAGCUUCGUGGCGCCUUUGAUCCUGGCUCCAGUGUCGUUGGUAACUGGGAUGUCAUGGAGGGUGUAUUGGACUACAUGUUUCUGAAGUUGGGCGUUGACGGUUCAAACGGCGGCGUCGACCGGCCGAUUCUUAUGACUGAACCAAUCGCCAACUUGGGAUAUCCGAGGAGAAUGAUGAACGAGAUCCUCUUCGAAUGUUACUCUGCGCCGUCUGUAUCCUAUGGUAUUGAUUCGCUUUUCGCAUACCGCUACAACAAAGGAACCGAUGGAUUGGUUGUUUCCUCGUCGCAUACAUCUACACAUGUCAUUCCUGUGCUAGGCGGGAAACCGCUUUUGUCCAACUGCACCAGGCUUAAUUGGGGCGGCUUGCAAAAUGCCGAAUACCUUAUGAAGCUUAUGAAGUUGAAGUACCCGACCUUCCCGGCGCGUAUCACUGAUAACCAAAUGGAAGACUUGGUACGCAAUCAUUGUUACGUAUCGCAAGACUACGACCGCGAGCUGAGUGGGUAUCUCGAUUGGACGGGCCUGGAGGACCGCGAUCGUGUUGUUCAGUACCCAUUCACCGAACACAUUGUUGUCGAGAAGACUGAAGAAGAGCUUGCUCGCAUUGCGGAGCGGAAGAAAGAGAGUGGGCGCCGACUACAAGAACAGGCGGCCAAGAUGCGUCUUGAAAAGCUGGUGAAGAAGGAGCAGGAACUUGAGUAUUGGAAGAGUAUACAGGCAACCCUGGCGUCUGAAACAAAGAAGGAGAUUCGUCGCAUCCUUGAGAGUGAAGAGCUUAAGGAUGAGGCUCAUCUUGAGCGCAUGAUCCGUGACCUAGAGAAAUCCAUCAAGCGCUCUCGGAACAAGGAUCUUGGCAUUGAGGAAACCGAAGAGCAGCCUGAGGAGAUGUCCUUCCCGAUGCUUGACAUUCCGGAUGACCAGCUUGAUGAAGCUGGUCUGAAAGAGAAGCGUCACCAACGGUUAAUGAAGUCGAAUGUUGAUGCGCGGGCGCGUGCUAAGGCCGAGAAGGAGCGUGAAAAGGCUCGUGUUGAAGAAGAGGAACGUCUUGACCGAGAGAAGCGAGAAAACGAUUUUGAGGCCUGGAUUUCAGAACGACGAGCUAACCGCCAGUCUAUCCUCCAACGAAUCAAGGACCGCGAUCGCAUGAAGGCCGACCUUGGAAACCGAAAGUCUCUUGCCAGCCAACAGCGUAUGAAGACCCUGGCCAACUUGGCGUCCGAUGGCCCCAAGAAACGCCGCCGCGGCGGAGAUGACGAUGACUUUGGUGCCAACGACGAUGACUGGGGUGUCUACCGAACCGUCGCGACAGGCGACCAGAGUGACGAAGAGGAAGAGGAGGACCUGGGUGCCAUGCUCAAUGGCGCCGAGGCGGAGUUACUCCAAUACGACCCCGAGUUCACGGAGAACCACACCCUCGCCGCACAGACCGACUGGACUAAGAGUCUUGUCCAUGGGUUCCUGCGUGGUCCCUGGCCCUUUGAUCCUGAAAGCCAGCGAGAAGCGCACCAGCUUCAUUUGAAUGUGGAACGUAUUCGUGUCCCCGAAGUCGUGUUCAAGCCUUCUAUUGCUGGCGUGGACCAGGCCGGUCUGAUUCAAAUUGCCGCUGAUAUCGUGAACCAGCGCUUCUCAGGCACCGAGGACCGUGCCCGACUCCUGAAAGAUGUCUUCCUGACGGGUGGUAACACCCUUUUCUCUGGAUUUGAGGAACGGUUCCGUAGCGAACUUCGUGGGUAUCUGCCCAUUAAUGCGGAGUUCAAUGUGCGCCGGGCCUCUGAUCCCGUUUUGGAUGCUUGGAAGGGCGCGGCACAGUGGGCUUCUGGAGCUGAUUUCGGUCGGUCGUCUGUGACCCGACAAGAAUACUUGGAGAAGGGCAGUGAGUAUAUUAAGGAGCACGAUCUUGGUAAUGCUACUUGGUAA